AUGCCCACCACAAAGGUUGUCCAAAAUUUGGGUGCCAUCUCUCUUACACAGAACCUUGGGACGGCUCCCAGCACAACGACCAGCAACACGAAUGCACAACCCUCGAGCACCACUAGCCCAUUGAGCAGUGCAACGACGAAACCAGCCAUCUUAACGUCCUCAAGCAGUCUCAGCCCGACGGGAAGCGUGACGAAUUCCACCAGAACAACCAACUCAGUCACCACAGCACUCCCAACCAGCUCAAGCCCAUCAAGAAGCGCAGAUACCUCCAGCACAACGACAUCCUCGGCCAAUCCAACACUCUCAAGCGGUCGAGCAAGCGCUCCCUUAGCACAUGACCCUUUGUCGACGGGUGCUAUAGCUGGUGUUGCAAUUGCCUGUGCCGUUGCCGGUGCCACGUUCGCCCUCAUCCUGAUGUGGUUUCUUCGGCGAUCUCGGUCCCAGCGGUCCUUAAAGAACAGCCAAACCAAUUCGCGUCGUGUACCCAGGCCACUUCCCCAUGAAAAGAAUAAUGAGAGAACCUUCGACGACCCAACUGUCAUUGCCAUGAAGCGCCAGCCUAAAGUCGACCUUGAUGCUUUCCUCCCUCAGCAAGCCGAUGAUGCUACUGUCAAUAAAAAGCUCCUGCAUCUUUUUGAUCAGAUCGAAUCACAUGUUGACAAUUUCUACGCAGAGGACAACCAAAAUCUGACACAUGAACAGCAAAUUGAAGUCGCUCAAUAUGCUACGCCAGGUCUGCCUAUGCCGUUGGUGGCCCUCCUGCAGACUUCACGCCGCAAAACCACCAUACUCAAGCAUUGCCUCGGGUAUCAUGCCAUGCUGCUGGUGUCUCCCUCCAACACAUCAGACUGUUUGUUGCCAUAUGAGAUUUCGUCAAUGUUAGCAUACUCCGAGGCACACCGAGAUGCAACCCGACGGGAUCCAGAUCGAGCCAUUGCCCUCUCCCGUUGGCGUAUGCUCACCGCAUACCUGCGCCCCGAUAUCUUUGGCGGAGAUGUGUCAAGCACUUCCGAGUUUGAGUCACAUAUCCACGAUUUGGCGACCAAGUUCUGUGAUACUUUCAAUCCUUUCAGUCAACUUCAACAUGAGGAGCAGAAAGUGAAGCACUUGGUCGAGGUGUUGCGUACUGCCCUGAGAUUCGCACUGUGGCUCUACAGCCACCCAGCAACAUUUGACUUUCGUUGGGGUUCGGCAAGCGAUGGCUCCAGUGGGUCGGGUCAUACAGUCGUGACUGUGCCCUCACUUAUUAAGACUUACGACGGAAGGGGCUCAAAGAUUGAACCACCGCAGGUCGUUCAGGCUCUGGUCAAGAGGCGCGUGUGA